AUGCUUGACCAGUACACCUACAUCUUUGCCAUUGGCACAUUUUUUGCCAUGUUGGAUGCGUACAACAAUGGCGCAAACGACGUCGCAAACGCCUGGGCAACCAGUGUUUCAUCGCGGUCCAUCUCGUACCGACAGGCCAUGAUUCUGGGCACCAUCUUCGAGAUGGUGGGUGCCAUCACGGUCGGAGCCCGCACUGCCGAAACUAUCAAGAACGGCAUCAUUCCAAACGACGCAUUUCGCGGUGACGCUGGUGUACAGAUGCUCGCCUUCACCUGUGCCCUUGCCGGCGCCUCGACCUGGGUCAUGUGGUGCACGAGGCACUCGGCCCACGUCUCGUCGACCUACUCGCUCAUCUCAUCCGUCGCGGGUGUCGGUGUCGCGACCGUUGGCGCCAGCAAGGUCCAAUGGGGUUGGAACAACGGCAAGGGUCUCGGCGCCAUCUUUGCUGGUCUCUUCAUGGCCCCAACCAUCGCGGCCGGCUUUGGCGCCACCAUCUUCAUGCUCAUCAAGCUCAUUGUCCACCUGCGCAAGGACCCCAUCCCCUGGGCCGUCUACACCUCGCCCUUUUUCUUCCUUAUCGCCGCCACCGUCUGCACCCUGUCUAUUGUCUACAAGGGCUCCCCCGCCCUGGGCCUGGCAUCGCGCCCCCCGGCAUUCAUCGCCGCUGUCACAUUGGGCACCGGCUUUGGUGUCGCCCUCUUGGCCGCCCUCUUCUUCGUCCCCUUUGUCCACGCCAAGGUCAUCAAGAAGGAUUACACCCUGAAGUGGUACGACUUCCUCCAGGGCCCUCUCCUGUUCAAGCGACCCGCUCCGGCCGACCAGGACAACAUCCUCGCCCGCGUUCCCAACUACGCCGUCGUCCAGCACGAGGAGGAGGAAGAGGAGCCCCACAGGCCCGAGGGUGUCACCAGCGCCUCCGGAUCGCAGAACUCCAGCACCGACCUGCCAAUCAAGUCCGUCGACGCUGCCGCCAACGCUGGCCAGGACUCGGAGAAGCAGAUGGUCAUGGCCGAGGCCGCCCGCCCGCAAAAGACUUACAAGGAGCUUCAGGAGGACGGCGAGCGCAAGCUCCACGCCAAGCUGUGCAAGGGCAAGGGCCCGCUGGGCUGGGCCAUGAGGACCCUUCGCGACAACCCCAUGGGCCCCGGUCAGAUCUACGAGCGCCACAACAUGAUCCGUCUGCUCAAGCGCCUGCCUGCCAUGGUUGUCGUCGGCGCCCUGUAUGGUCUCCACUACGACAUCCACUCUGCUCAGUCUGGUAUCGCGGGGACGCCCGAGGGUGAGCGCAUGGCCAGGGUCUACGCCAACGCGGCCAAGUACAGCAACGAGGUCGAGCACACCUACUCUUUCGUCCAGGUCCUGACUGCCUGCACCGCUUCGUUCGCCCACGGUGCCAACGACAUUGGAAACUCGGUCGGUCCCUGGGCUGUCAUCUACGCCGCAUGGAAGACUGGCAGCCCGGCUGCAUCAAAGGCGCAGGUUGAGAUUUGGCAGCUUGCCGUUUUGUCCCUGACUAUCAGUCUUGGUCUGAUCACGUACGGCUACAACAUCAUGAAGGUCAUGGGCAACAAGAUCACCUACCACUCCCCCAGCCGUGGAUCCUCCAUGGAGAUGGGCGCCGCCAUCACCGUCCUCGUCUUCUCGCAGUACUCCCUCCCCGUCUCGACCUCCAUGUGCAUCACUGGUGCCACCGUCGGCGUCGGUCUCUGCAACGGAACCUUCAAGGCCGUCAACUUCCAGCGUGUCGGCCUGCUCGUCUUCUCCUGGAUCAUGACCAUCCCCGUUGCCGGUACCAUUGGUGGUGUCCUGAUGGGCCUGAUCCUCAAUGCUCCUCAUUUCACUUCAUAG